AUGAACCGCAAAUCCAUGAAGAACUACCAACCUACCAAGAGACGAUUCAUCCAAUUCAUUGGCUCUCCCCUCGACGAUGUUUCUGCAAUUCAAUCAAGAAAGUUGGGUGCCAAUGCCCAUCGGUCCUCGACGGAUAAGGACGACACGCAAGAAGUUAUAUCAGUGUCUCUGUUAACGAAGUCUGGUAUUUCUGUGUGCGCAAUUCAUCUACAUCUCGAUGGCACCUGGAAGCUAUUUACACGAGGUCGCGGAAUAAAGGCACGACACGCUGCUAAAAUCGAGAGCGCGAAUCUUCCAGGGCAUAUUUCGACUAAGGACACUCCCUAUGGAUGCUUAGAUGUCUAG